CAGGAACAAACUUGUAUUCUUUGCUGGGCGCAUGCAGAACUCUCCUAUUCGAAAAGAGUUAAUGGCUUCAUGGGGAAAUGAUAGUUCUAUGGGCAUAUUCUCCGGUAAUCUAUCUUUCCCUUAUGAGGAAGGAUUCAGGAGGAGCAGAUACUGCCUUCACGUGAAAGGUUAUGAGGUGAACACUGCAAGGGUCAGCGAUGCUAUACAUUAUGGGUGCAUCCCUGUGUUAAUAUCUGAUUAUUAUGACCUUCCAUUUGCUAAUGUUUUGGACUGGAACAAGUUCUCGGUUAUUAUCAGCCCAGGAGACAUUGCAUUCUUGAAGAAUAAAUUGUUGUCAAUCUCCAGAAAAGCAUACCUGAACAUGUACCAGAACUUGUGCAUAGUUAGGAGACACUUCCGAUGGCAUACAACGCCAAAAAGCUAUGAUGCCUUCUAUAUGACUGCUUACCAACUAUGGCUAAGAAGAGGUUUGCCUCGGCUGCCAUACUAAUGCUACGAUUUCAUAGACCGCAAGACUUCUCAUGGUUUUUAUACAUUAUAUAGAAAAAAUCCAAGAUGUACAAAGUCAGAACAACUGGUGAUGAACAUGUGAUUUAAUUUGUAACUUCUUGCGUACAAGGACAGAGUUGAACUGGUAUUUUCACUUGUUUCUGUAGCACAUGUAGCCGAUGUACCAAAUUGGAUUCCAAGAACAAUGCGGGGCAACAAUAAAGCAGCAUUA